CUGUUGAUGGCUUUACCUCCUCUCAAGCAUUGUCUAGGUAUGGGGUACCGCAGGGCUCCAUUCUAGGACCAAUUUUAUUUUCUCUUUAUUUACUCCAUUUGAGCCACAUUAUCAAAGAGCAUGAUAUUUCUUUUCGUUGUUAUGCAGAUGAUACUCAGCUGUACUUGUCCUGCAAACCAUCUGAAUCAGCUAAGUUGUCUUCCCUACAUAAUUGCCUAGCUGCGGUUAUGGAUUGGAUGUCAGAAAAUUUUCUCCAGAUUCUUCCUCCAAAACAGAAAUCCUUAUUAUAGGCCCUGUGCACACUUAUGGCCAAGUUCUGCCCACUCUUGGCUGUCUAGCUCAGCAUGUGGUACCCACUGGUAAAAACCUUGGAGUUAUUUUAGACCAGAACUCUCCACUCUCGAGUCCCAUGUUAAAAGGCUAGCUCAGUUUGUUUAUUCCACUUGAGAAAUAUCUCUAGACUCAGAUCUUUUAUUUUUUUUAUUUCAAUGAUCUUUAAGAGUGAUUCAUGGUUUUAUCACUUCUCAUCUCGAUUAUUGUAUUGCAGUGUUUACAUGCCUUGGCCAAAACAUGAUUGCACAGCUUCAGGGUGUCCAAAAUGCAGUUGCCAGACUUUUAACCAAAGCACGAAAGCAUGAUCAUAUCUCCCCUAUUUUAGCUUCCCUUCACUGGCUGCCCGUCCAUUUAAGAAUUGAUUUUAAAAUUUUGCUCUUGACUUUUAAGGCCCUGAAUGGCACCGACCUACCUGGCUGUGCUUCUAAAUCGUGACUCACCAGCCCAUAGCUUGAGAUCUUCUGAUAAGGCCCUGUUAACUAUUUCCUGGUCAAGGCUGAAGACCAAGGGUGACAGGACUUUCACUGUUAGGAAUCCAGCCCUUUGGAACAGCUUACCUGCAGAACUUUUAGGUAAAAGUGUGUUCAAGGUGUGUUCACGGUUAUCAUGGAGCUACAGUAUGCUGUAGGUGCUCAAGAAGAAGAACAGUUAGACCAUGAUUCAGGUGGGGAUGCUACACUCUAUCUGUAUGCUAGGAGCAGAUUAGCUUAGCUUAGCAUAAAAACAUGCAGCAGGGGGAAACUGUUAGCCUGGCUCUAUGCAAAAGUAAAAAACACCUGGUAACCAGCAGUCUGAACCCCACUAAUUAACAUGAUAUAGCUAAUUUGUUUAAUCUUGUCAUUUCUACACUUAGGUUUUUCAACAUUUUGUUGACUAAUGAGCUUUGGAUGUGCUGAGAGGGAGCCCCGGCUGGGAAGCAAAGAGGAGUAGACUGUGAUGAAAAUGAUUCCCCUUCAGUGGCUCUGGGGAUAGAUCAUUGUUGAGGCUCGGGUCCAAACCAGCUCUACAUAGCUCUGAUUUAGCAGAGGGCCAGGCAGAAAUCGGAGGCUUUUUUCCAAACCAAUCCUGACCAAGAGCCCAUUCCCAGGAAGGGUGGAGAGGGACCAGUGGCCCUUGGGCAUUGCCCGUCUCAGCCGAUCUCCAUUAGGAUAACUCGAGCAGUGGAAAAAAGACAAUGACUGCCUCCUGAAUAUGACUUUCAUUCAAUCCUACUGUACAUUUAAGUCUAAGGUCAGUUUUAUUAUCAUGCACAGAUAUGAACAAUACUGUACACAUGAUAUACAUUUGAGGAUCCCUGGAUGAGGAUGAUGUGGUGCUAGUACAUCUGAGCUUCAGAUUUCUGUGUGUGAGUGUGUGGGUGUCUAUGAGUGUUUAUGUAUUAGCCGUGUGUACAUGUAAAACCUUGUGUGUUUGUGUGUUUGUGUACUAACUGCCAGUGCUGCCUCUCACCCGAGCUGCAUAGGGGUGGUCCCCCUACUCUCUUGUGUUCAUGAAAUCACUUCUAAGUGCCUGUAAUUUUUCAUGCUUCAUCAGUACUGUAAUUUCAAAAGGCUCCCUCUGAAGACCCUCCUUUAGUGGCGACCUGGGGUUGUCAAAUGAAAACAUCAUUUAUCCAGUGACCUCGGAGCUUCAGGAAAUGGUUUGCUGGGGCUAUUCAGCGACAGCCUUGAAAUAGGGAGCUGUGGUGAGGGACUGCGGGGGUUUGUGAAACAUGAAACAAAAGGUGGUCUGGCCCCUCAAUCUGCAGUAUCAGGUUUGGGAGAUUUCAGAAAAAUGCACAUAUCCAUUUGGAAAAUCUUGUAUGGAACCAUUUGUAUGUUUGCCAAACUGAGGUUUUCUUCCAGUGAAAAUAUUUACUUAGAAAAAAAGAAACUCUGAAAGUAUUUAUUUCAAUGCAAUCCUUUCCUUCACCAUGUCCUAAAUGUGGUUUCUGUAGUUUUUGGCCCUCAGAGACUCAACUGGCAGUCCAGCCACUGAGUGGCUCAGUUCCAUAGCUGGGUACUUUCAGGUUCAAAGUCUUGGUCUGGGGGGACUGAUCAUCUAAAUGUCUUUGUUUGAUAAAAGAAAUCUUCAUAAUUGUAGAUUUUUAAGUCCUCAAUACAUCAUUGUCUGCUAGUGCUGGUUUGUCCAUGUGUAGGGUUUGUCAGCGCUUUGUAAGGCUAUUCAUGGAAAGCUUCUUUCACUCAUACAUCUAUAUUGGUCAGAAGUGCUGAAAGAAGUUUGUGAGGAAGCUUCUUUCAGCAAUUCUUUUGAUAUUUACCAGUCAGACUUUACAAUAAAAUAGCUGCUGACUCUCAAUAAUUUUAAUGCAUUUAAUGUCUAUUUAAUGUGAUAUGGUGUUCAUUUGUGUUUGUGUGUGUUUCGUCGGAAUUUUUUUUAGAUCUUAUUCAACUUCUAAAAUAUUUUGCAUCACACAAUUGAUGAAUGACUUUCUCAGAUUACAUUCACAGAAAAGCGUGCAUUGAUAACCAGCUCAAACUACAGGAUCAUGUUCAGAUUGUCCAAGUCUCAAUCAUGAGGUGUUGGAGAUCAGAGCUGGUCUGGAUAACCCAGGGAUCUUAGUGAAAGCUGAGUGAAAGUUAAUGGGUUGGAGGGUCCUCAGAGGGCACAGAGGAAAAAAGGGGUCAUGACAUGUAAUCGUCCUACCCUGACAGGCCAAGGCACUGACAGAGAGGUCAGGGGAGACAGAAAUGGACGAAGGAGGACAUGGGUGGGGCAGCGACACACAAAGGCCCUCUCAGUGCAGUGAUCAGGCUUGUCACCCUAUAAGUCUUCCUGUAACCCUCUCCUAUUGCUCUGCUCUCUGAAAUACACCUGGAACAUGACUCCCGGCCACUGAUGACACCAUCUCAAGUACAUUAGUGAUCUGAGCGGAAAAAAAACAUCCCAUUUGAAGGACAUGUUUACCCAAAGUGUAAACCCUUUUAAAACAGCAGUUGGGAAAGUCUGACGAAGACACUUGAGCACAUCAGCUCAUUGACUCUGAGGUAAACAUGUACAUCAUGAUUCAGUCUUUGCUGUAAUUGUCAACCAAUGCAAUCAUCUGGACCAAUCAUGAAGCAGUUUAGCAAAGAGCUACAACACAACAGGAAGCCACUGGCAUAAACACAAGCUAUAAACACUGUAAACAAAACCAACACAACACUGACACGAUCCUGAUUAAAGAAGGAAGAUGUUUGCUGAAGAGGUGUUCAGUGAUUAGAGAUGAUCUAAUCUCUCUGUGCAGGGUGGAACAAAUCAAGACAGGCUGCAGGACGGCUUGAAUGAAACUCAGGCUGGAGAGUUGCACGACAGAAAAGGUAGCUUCUGGUUACAAACUUUGGACCAAUCAGGACGCAGCUUUGCUUUCCUGCAGCAGGAGCAACAGAAGUUCAACCUGGACCGCUUCACGAAGAAACUAUCUGCUCUAAAUUCAAACUGACAAUGCUUAUUCACUCCCGCUGACAUAUUUGAUAUCCAACAAACAGUCAUUGAAGGAAGUAUUUCCGAGUAAUGACAAUGUUGGGUAUGUAUGUGCCAGACAGAUUUUCCCUGAAAUCGUCAAAGGUCCAGGAUGGAAUCGGUCUUUACACGGCGAGGCGAGUGAAAAAGGGAGAAAAGUUUGGCCCCUUUGCAGGUGAGAAAAAGCUGCCUAGUGAGCUGGAUGAAAGUUCGGACACCAGGCUGAUGUGGGAGGUCCGUGGCAGUAAGGGAGAUGUGCUGUAUAUUCUGGACGCGAGUAACCCACGUUAUGCCAACUGGCUGCGGUUUGUCCAUCAGGCGCCUUCACAAGAGCAGAAGAACUUGGCAGCCAUUCAGGAUGGUGAGAACAUCUUCUACCUGGCUGUGGAUGACAUAGAGACAGACACAGAGCUCCUGAUAGGCUACCUUGACAGUGACAUGGAGGAAGAAGAGGAGGAAGAAGAGGAGGAGGUCAUCAAAGAUGAAGAUGAAAAUAGUAAAGAGGCCAAACAUCUAGUUGAAAUGGAACUAGUAAUAAAGAAGGAGGACCACCCCUGCUUGCUGUGUGAGAGCAGUUUUCCCAGCGAGGAGAUCCUGGCUGCCCACCUCCAGAGUCUCCACCAGAGGCCCAGCACAGAGGAGAAGGAGUUCAAAUGCAGGAACUGUGGCAAGAAGUUCCCCAUCAAACAGGCUCUGCAGCGCCAUGUUUUGCAUUGUUCUGAGUCACUGGAUCCAUCAGGGAACUCUAAAGCUCAUCAGUGCUCCCUCUGCCACAACACAUUCAGCUCAGAAUCCAGUUUUGAACAGCAUAAGGAAGCCUGUAAAGGAGAUGCCAGGUUUAUCUGUAAAGCAGAGAGCUGUGGCAAAAGAUUCAAGAGCAAGGACGCUCUGAAGAAGCAUAAAGGAAAUGUUCACACAGGGAGUGCGCGAAGGAAACUCACAUGCACCAUUUGCAACAGAAAAUGUUCCUCCUCUCUGAAUCUACAAGAACAUCGAAAGGUACACGAAAUAUUUGACUGCCACGCGUGUGACAAGAAGUUCAUCUCUACCAAUCAGCUCAAACGCCACAUGAUCACACACUCAGAGAAGCGACCGUAUACCUGCGAGAUCUGCAGUCGUUCGUUUAAGCGUCUGGACCAGGUGACGGCUCAUAAGAUCAUCCACAGCGAGGACAAACCGUACAAAUGUAAGCUGUGUGGGAAAGAGUUUGCACACCGCAACGUCUACAAAAAUCACAAAAAGACCCACUCUGAGGAAAGGCCCUUCCAGUGUGAGGAGUGCAAAGCCCUGUUCCGCACCCCCUUCUCUCUACAGCGUCACCUACUCAUCCACAAUAGUGAGAGGACAUUCAAGUGUGACCAGUGCGAUGCCACCUUCAAGAGGAAAGACACGCUCAAUGUUCACAUCCAGGUGGUGCACGACGGCCAUAAGAAGUAUAAGUGCGACCUGUGUGAGAAGGCCUUUGUCACUCCUUCAGUCCUCAAGAGCCACAAGAAGACACACACGGGGGAAAAGGAGAAGAUCUGCCCGUACUGUGGACAAAAGUUUGCCAGCAACGGCACGCUAAGGGUCCACAUCCGCAGCCACACAGGUGAGCGUCCGUACCAGUGCCCCUAUUGUGACAAAGCAUUUAGCAAGAACGAUGGCCUGAAGAUGCACAUCCGUACACACACUCGAGAGAAGCCGUAUAAAUGCAGCGAGUGUAACAAGGCCUUCAGUCAGAAAAGAGGACUGGACGAGCACAUGAGGACCCACACAGGAGAGAAACCUUUCCAGUGUGAUGUGUGUGAUCUGUCAUUCAGCUUGAAGAAGAUGCUCAGCAGGCAUAAGCUGACACACAACCCUAACCGGCCCAUGGCAGAGUGCCAGCUCUGCCACAAGAAGUUCACCAGGAACGACUACCUCAAAGUACAUAUGGAGAACGUCCACGGGGAAACAGAGAGCUAGAGCCAAUUAUGGAAGCACUGACUGAAAAUGAUAUCUGAUUCCUCAGAUAAAGUUCAGUCUCGUGCUUCAUGCAGCCAGUCUGGCCUAUACAUACUGUAUACACAGAUGGAUAGAUAGCAGAAAUGUUGCUAUUAAAAAUACACACAUAGAAUAUGGAAAACAUUAGGGCGAGUAUUUUGAAAUUGAAAUAUAGACUGUACAUUUGUAAUUUUUUUUGUCAUAUUGUUUAGAUAUUGUUUUGGAUAUUUCAAACAAACAAAAUUCCAAAUCUGUUUGAUCUGCCUCCAGAGCCGCUGGGUCUGCUCAGAGGGCACGGAGGAAAUUAAAUGUUGUGACAUUUCACUUGUAGUCCUUUAACCAGUGUUACUGUUCAUACUGUUACAGCCUGACCUCUUCCACUGUACUAUUUACUGACCAAUACCUUACUGUACAUUUGUGGCCAGUUGCCAAGUGUUAAAGAAAACUUGCGACCAAAGACCUUUUAGUGCACUUUUUUGUUUUAACUGCAUUUUGCAUGUUUACACCUUUCUGUUACAUUGAACACCUGUUCUUUGGUGUCCAAACUGAGCAUACUGUAAGUCAUUUUUUUUUUUAUUUCAAAUUUCACCAUCUUAAAGUAUUAAAACAGAAUGGUUGAGGAGAGGUGGGCCUCAGAAAACAGCAACCUAACCAAAUCUGAAACAGCACACACAGAAAGGUUUUAUUUAUGUGAAAUCCAGAGAGUGUAAACAUAUCUCUCAUGCCUCUUUGUCAGAUUUACUAGAGCCUUCACUUUUGAAGAGAUAUGAAUGACCCCAAGAGAACCAGCUGAGAAAAAUGAAUGGUGUUUGUUGCACCAUGGAAUGAAGAUUUUUGUUUUUAGAUAUAAUGUGGUGGACAACUUAAAACUGUUGUUGGUUCAACAACCCGUGGAAUACUGACCCACAUCAUUAAUUUAAGAAUAAGUUUGGCUAUUUUUUAUUUUGUUAAGAACCCCCUACAGGAUCCCUGUUAGUGUAUGAGCUCUAAAAAAUAUAGGUUCAAGUGUUUUCCCAUGACCUGUUGCGUGAAGACCAGUGGUGCUUAACAUAUGUUACUGUUGCUGCGUCCCCAAAAGAAGGGAUGAAAAGCAAAUCCAAAGUACUGUGCGUGUUGACUUUUGUAAUGAAUUGUUGCAUGUUUUCAUAUGAAUGGCCCAGGGAUAUUGUUCCUUACAGUAUGUGUUUACAUAGUUCUUCAUUCAUCUUUGUUCAAUACAGUAUGUCAUGUAUUUCCAUAGAAGUGCAUUUCUGUCCUGUUUUGUAUCCAGAUUCAUUUGCUUUCCACAUUUCCCAGCUGUUCAUUCUGCAUCUGUAGACUGUGAAUUGUCACUUCACACGUUUGUAUUUUGAAAUGUAUAAAACCUCAUCAUCACCUACCAAACAUCCAUUUCCUCUGGUCGCUCUAAUUACGUGUUUGUGAACUGUUGACAUUAGAGGUACAAGGAAACGCUUUGAGAGUUGAUUAAAAGUGUUCACUUCUUGUUGUUAA